UGUUCACACGUAUAAAACGUGUGUUGGGAAUUAAUAUUCUCAUAUUUCAAUGUGUAUACUAUUCACAAGCCAUUUAAUUAAAUUUUAACUGUUUUGUUGAGGUUUUUUAAAUGGGAUAGCUUCAGUUCAAAAUGUCAAGCUUUCAUAAAACAUCACUGUCUCUUUCAAGUAUUAAUGGAACAAAAGUAAAAAAUAACUUGCCUUAUAUCUCAAGUGGUAUACCAUCAUUAGAUUUUAUUAUUGGUGGAGGAUUACCGGUUGGUGGUAUCUUUCUUAUAGAAGAAGAUGUUCUAGGCAGUUAUAGUCGAAUACUCACUAAAUACUUUCUUGCUGAAGGUGUUGUGUGUAAGCAUGAUUUGUUUAUCGCAUCAGCGGACGAAAAUACAGAAGAAAUAGUCAAAGAACUGCCCCAACCAUGCACAUCGCCUUCUGAUGAAAAAGUCAAUGAAGUAUCAAGUGGUGAGAUGAAAAUUGCAUGGAGAUAUGAAGGACUUAGUCAAGUGGAAUCUUCAUUUGGUAGUAAUGCAAACUUUGGUCACAACUUUGAUCUAAGCAGGCACAUUGAUGCUGAAACAAUAAAUAAUUGUAAUGUCACAUACUGUUGCCUGGAACAAAAUGAAAAUAAUGUAAAUAGUUUUAAAAAUAAUCUCUACCAUACACUUUUAAUAAAUAUUAAGGAAGCCCUGUUAAAAGAAGAAUAUAAAAAUAAUAGUAAAAAUAAAAAUAUUCUCCGUGUAUGCAUUCAAUCACUGGGGUCACCCAUAUGGAUGGCUUUGGAUUGUGAUGAUGAUAUCAGUACCUAUGGACAAGAUCUUCUAAAAUUUGUAUACUGCUUAAGAGUGCUACUCCGCAAUACGAAUGCAGUGGCAUUUGUUACAAUUCCUUCACACUUAUUUGAUAAUGAUUGCAUCAUGAAAAGACUUCUUUAUUCAGUUGAUAAUGCUGUAAGAAUAGAGUCAUUUGCUGGAUCGAGUAAAGAAACAAAUCCUGUAUACAACGAAUAUCAUGGUCUCUUUCACAUAACAAAGUUGUCUGCUGUUCAUUCCCUCGUACCCUUUGUACCACCAAGUCUGGACCUAGCUUUCAAAUUAAGAAGGAAGAAAUUUGUCAUAGAAAAGCUGCAUUUACCACCAGAACUUCAAGAAUCAAGUGAGCGUGAACAAGAUGAUAUAACAGCGAUUCCGAAGACAUGCGGUGGAUUUAACAAAAAGAAUAUCGAUUUUUAAAAACUAAAAUGAUAUUGUUACAAUUUUAAAACGAUUUAAUACAUAUAUUUUUCGCA